AUGGAACAAAAGAGCUUUCAAUUAGAAUUCGAUAUGUCGAAGCACGCAACGCAGCAGCGGCAGGAGCGAAAGCUGAUUCCUGGGAAAAGUACGGUGAAAGAGUGUUCUUUCGAAACAACGUCCGUCAUCAGUGAACUGAUACCAAAGUUGAUAAAAUGUUACGAAAAGUCCACCAUCAAACGGAUCGCUCUGAACUGCGGAAUGCCAAGGGCUAGCAACAAUCAUGCCGGAAUGCUCGUUAACUCGGCUGAUCUAUUUCGCUGGUUUGACGCACCGAGGUUUGCGGACAUUGUGGACCUGAAUCUGGACAACUGCUGUCUUGACCUUUGUGUUUUGCAGAAAAUCAAACAUCUGUUUCCUCGCCUGAAGUCUUUAACUGUGUUUGUGCCUGGUUUAAUGGUCAGUGAAGAAAACAUGCGCAUCUUGAUCGCAGGCUCAACUCCGCUGAAAACCAUGCAACGCCCUCAGAUACGUGCUACUGAAAAAAAUAUGGAAAUCGCGCAGCUUGCUGGACUCAUAACCUCUUGGCUGCCAAGCCUCGAAGUGCUACGACUUACAGACGAAAACGACUAA